AUGGCCACCACCACCAAACGAGCUGGGCGAUCCUCGGCCGCAAACGCACCCUCGACAGCAUCACCCCCCACCGACGCCUCUGCCAUGACGUCCGCGACGCAGCGCACCUCACCCUUUCUCCCGACGCCCGUCGAGCGCCUCGCCCUCGGGCUCUUCCCCGUGCUGCUCGUCUUCGGCUCGCUCUUCGCCGUCCUCUCGCCGCACACGCGCGCGCUGACCUACGACGCCGUCUCGCAGUCGCUCCACGCGGCCGCCGACGGCUCCGCGCCGGGCUACUUUGCGCGCAAGUCGAACCUCUUCAACCUUUACUUUGUCAAGCGCGGCUGGGGCUGGACGACGGCCGCCCUGCUCGCCUUUGUCCUGACGCAUCCCUCGGUCGGCGUGUCCCCCGCGGCCAGGGCCCGCGCCGUCGCGCGCUGGGCCGCCGUGACGGCCUGGUGGGUGCUGGUCGUGCAGUGGUGCUUCGGCGCGCCCAUCAUCGACCGCGGCUUCCGCUGGACGGGCGGCCAGUGCGACCUCGCGGAGCUGGGCGUCGCGACGGGCACGGCCGACGCGGCGGCGCUCAUGACGGCCGUCGCGUGCAAGGCCUCGGGCGGCAAGUGGCGCGGCGGGCACGACAUCUCCGGACACGUGUUCCUGCUGACGCUCGGUUCGGCGCUGCUGAUGAACGAGGUGCUGUGGCCGCUCGCGCGCUGGGCCGGCUGGUGGUCGGAGGAGCGCUGCGUCGUCAUGGCCGACGGCGCGCUCAAGGGCGCCAGCGUCGAGGCGGAGACAGCGGCCGGCGCGGGCAGGAACGCGGAGACGGUGCUGGGCUACGGAGGCAAGUUUGCCCUGGGUGUCCUGGGGCUGAAUCUGUGGAUGCUGCUCAUGACGGCGAUUUACUUUCAUACGUGGUUCGAAAAGUUUACUGGACUUUUGACCGCCUAUAUCGCGAUUUACGCCGUCUACUUUGUGCCACGCUUCGUACCAGCGCUCCGGCAAAUCUUUGGCAUUCCGGGGAUUUGA